AUGCUUGCCAGACAAUACUGUAACACAGCACUUAUUCUAACAGUGGUGUGCCUAUCGAAAAGGCGGGCACUUAUUUCCAUCAUGUUCAAGUCACUAAUGUUCAUGUUGUUUGCCUUUCAAAUCGUGAAUGUUCAAACCACCAAUGGUUCCUUGGGUUACAACCAGUUUGAAGCAACUAUCGAAACUUCCUUUCAGCGGAUGGUCAUAGACUCCCCCUCCGGUAGCCUGCUAGUCGCCUCAAUCAACAGACUCUACAAGUUGUCUAGUGAUUUGCAAGUUGAGUUCGAAAAAAUUACCGGACCAGUGGCUGACAACCAAGCUUGUCCACCUCCUCCUCGGUCCUGCUCGGUGGCUAAGACCCCAACAAAUAAUUUCAACAAAGUUCUAGUCGUGGAUGACGAAAGACACCAGCUGAUCGUGUGUGGGAGCGUCUACCAGGGUACCUGCCAGAUACUCCGAUUGGAGGACUUGAACCUAGUCGAGAGGCCUAGUCGAGAGGUAGUUACCAAUACGGAGCAUGGUACCAAUGUGGCGUUUAUUGCCCCUGGAACUUCUUCUGGCAGCGGUAGCGUUCUGUACACUGCUGCAUCACGAGGAAUGUGGUUGAGAAAUGUACCUUCUGUAGCAAAACGAGUGCUUCGUCGUUCCCUAUACGGCGUAGUAUUUGUACACAUUCCUGGAAAUACUAUCGACGAAACAGCAGCCGGUAAUACUUUUGAUAUUAACUAUAUAAAUGGGUUCUCAAGAGGGCAUUUCAGCUUUUUCAUCGCUACACAGCUGGAGAAUUUUCGAGAAGUCGGCUCUCCCCUGUACACCAAGAUAGUUCGCCUGUGCAACGAUGAUGUAGUAGCUUUAGGUCUUACAUUGAACUUCCUCUUGUAUGCAAGGACUCAAAUGGAGUGAAUUAUAAUAUUGCACGAGCUGCUUUUGUUUCAAAGAUGGGAACGCAAGACGAUGAUGUACUUCUUGUAGACGAUGAUGUAC